CGGCAGGGGGAGGCGCGCGCGCCAGGCCGCCCGCUCCUUCCUUCCUCCCUGCCUUCUCUCGCUCGCUGCUUCUGGCGGUCGGUUGGUCAGUCAGUCAGUCAGGCGGGCAGCCCGCGAGGCGGCGGCGCCUCCUGCCAUUGUUCCUCGGGCGGCGGCGGGAGCGGGAGCGGCGCGAGCAUCCCGAGCCUGCACCGCGAGGUGAGCUGAGCUCCAUCAUGACCACAGAGAAAGGCCUAGUGGCUGAGGCCGAGAAUCCGCAACACCAACAGCAGAAGGAAGAAGGUGAAGGAGCCAUUAGAGCAGGAACACAAGAGGCUCAGCUGGAGGAGUCAUCGCAGAAGGCAACUGAGGGGAUUAAUCAUUCUGAACAGAAGCAGAAGGCUUCCAAUGGUGACACUCCCCCCCACGAGGACUUGAGUAAGAACAAAGAGCGGCCAUCAGAAAGCCGAGGCCUGUCCCGACUGUUCUCCUCUUUUCUCAAGAGGCCUAAAUCUCAAGUCUCUGAAGAUGAAGGCAAAGAAAUAGAAUUAGCUAAGGAUAAGAGAGAGAGGAGUCAGAAAGAAACAGAGUUUGGAGCUGGUCUUGAUGAAGAAAUCCUUUUAAAGGCCCCCAUUGCUGCCCCUGAACCUGAACUUAAAACAGACCCAUCUUUGGAUCUUCAUUCUUUGAGCAGUGCAGAAACACAGCCUGCCCAGGAAGAACAUGGAGAAGAUCUAGAGUUUGAAACUAAGGAAGGAGAAGAACUUGAGGAAGACUCCAACAUAGAAGUGAAAAAAGAAAGUGUGGAACCAAAAACUGAGAAGGAGCUCGGGCCUUCCCAGAAAGCUCUCAGAAGACACCGAAACAUGUACUGCAAGGUGUCCUUGCUGGAUGACACAGUUUAUGAGUGUGUUGUGGAGAAACACGCUAAAGGACAAGACCUGAUAAAGAAAGUAUGUGAACAUCUCAAUCUUUUGGAAGAAGACUACUUCGGUCUAGCUAUAUGGGAUAAUGCAACUUCCAAGACUUGGUUGGAUUCUGCCAAAGAAAUAAAAAAGCAAGUUCAUGGGGCUCCUUGGAAUUUUACAUUCAACGUGAAGUUUUAUCCACCUGACCCAGCACAGUUAUCAGAAGAUAUAACAAGGUAUUACUUAUGUCUUCAGCUUCGGCAGGACAUUGUUACAGGACGGCUACCCUGCUCUUUUGCCACUUUAGCUCUGCUGAGUUCUUACACUGUCCAGUCUGAAUUGGGAGACUAUGACCCAGAACUUCAUGGUGCUGAUUAUGUUAGUGAGUUCAAACUGGCCCCAAAUCAGACCAAAGAGCUUGAAGAGAAAGUAAUGGAACUUCAUAAGUCAUAUAGGUCUAUGACUCCAGCCCAGGCUGACCUGGAAUUUCUUGAGAAUGCCAAAAAGCUGUCCAUGUAUGGAGUUGAUCUUCAUAAAGCAAAGGAUUUGGAGGGAGUGGACAUCAUACUGGGAGUGUGUUCCAGUGGCCUUCUUGUUUACAAAGACAAGCUGAGAAUUAAUCGUUUUCCUUGGCCAAAAGUGCUGAAGAUUUCCUAUAAGCGUAGCAGCUUUUUUAUAAAGAUUCGACCUGGAGAGCAUGAGCAAUAUGAAAGUACCAUCGGAUUCAAACUUCCAAGUUAUCGGGCAGCUAAGAAAUUGUGGAAAGUAUGCGUAGAACAUCAUACAUUUUUCAGACUAACAUCCACCGAAACCAUUCCCAAGAGCAGGUUCCUAGCCCUGGGAUCCAAAUUUCGUUACAGUGGCCGUACCCAAGCCCAGACCCGACAAGCCAGUGCUCUUAUUGACAGGCCUGCUCCACACUUUGAGCGCACAGCAAGCAAACGGGCCUCUCGGAGCCUUGAUGGAGCCGGAGCAGUAGAGACACCAGACCGAAGUCCUCGGCCUACCUCAGCACCAGCCAUUGCUCAGAGCCAUGGUCCAGAAGUCAGCUUCCCUAGUACUUCAAAUGGCAAGAAGCCCAUAACCUCUAAAGUGCAGAAGGAAACUGUGAAGGUAGAGAUAAAAAAGGAAGAAGUGGCACCUGAACAAGUGGAACCAGAACCCACUGAAGUAUGGAAGGUGGAAAAAACCCACAUCGAGGUCACACCACCCAACAUAAAUGGUGACCAAAUCCAGCAACCUGCAGAAAAAACCGAAGAUCUGAUAAGAAUGAGGAAGAAAAAAACAAAGAGACUAGAUGGUGAAAACAUUUAUAUCAGACAUAGCAAUUUAAUGUUGGAGGAUUUAGGCAAGACCCAGGAGGAGAUCCGGAAGCAUCAUGCCAGCAUUAGUGAGCUCAAGAAGAGCUUCAUGGAAUCUGUCCCAGAGCCUCGGCCCAGUGAGUGGGACAAGCGCCUGUCCACUCACUCCCCUUUCCGGACACUGAACCUCAAUGGGCAGAUUCCCUCAGGAGAAGGAACUAUGAAUGACAUUCCCAAAGAGGAAGUGGAUGCAGUAACAGAGAGACCAAACCUUGACUCUGAAUGGGAGGGCCUUGAACAUUCAGUAGCUCAUAGUGGGACCCAAAUGACAAUCCCAUUGGAGUCUCCACAAAGCCAUGACUUUGGUCCUGUCUCCGUAAAUGGCAAAGAAGUAGAAGACAAGGCACAUAGGGCAACUGGUAUCCUUGGUACCAAGGAGAUGCUAAGUUGUCUCAGUGGGGUAUGUACAGGUGUAGAAGAGCAAGCUGGGGCCUUAAUACUCUUGAAGUGCAUGCUCUCAGAAACACCUGCUUCCUGUCAGCUGUACACUGGUGAAAAAGAGGCAGAGGGUAGUGAAGACCAUGUUACACCAAAUGAGCUACCUGGAAAGCAAAAUGGACCAUAUCCUGACUUUCGCGUGGGUUCAGGGUUCCCCACCCUCAUUCGAAGUUUCCAGCCUCCCCUGGUAAAGACUCAAACAGUUACCAUCUCGGAUGUUGCUAACGCUGGGAAAAGUGAAAUCCCAACCAAAGAUGUUCCCAUUGUUCACACUGAGACAAAGACCAUCACUUAUGAGGCUGCUCAGACCGAUGAAGGCAAUGGUGACUUAGACCCUGGUGUCCUGCUGACGGCUCAGACCAUUACUUCAGAGACCACAAGUAGCACCACCACGACUCAGAUUACUAAGACAGUAAAAGGUGGAAUCUCAGAGACUCGGAUUGAAAAAAGAAUUGUGAUCACAGGAGAUGGCGACAUUGAUCAUGAUCAGGUAGGAGAGGUCCUUGUUCAGGCAAUCAAAGAAGCCAAGGAGCAGCAUCCCGACAUGUCAGUGACCAAGGUUGUUGUCCAUCAGGAGACCGAGAUUGCUGAGGAGUAACUCAGGAAUCUCACCCCACUCCUUUUUCAGUCUUGGAGAAAACUAACAGGACUAUAAGGAAAUUUACUUCAGCGUUCAGGCUUUGGACUUUCAAGAUUUUUCUAAAAUCACUGAAAAUUCAUCUUCCUUUGCAUUUGGAGUUAAUGAUGUGGGAUUCUUCUAGAUGCCACUGAGCCUUUGCCAUAGCUUUUUCUAGAUUGUGAUGUCAGAAACUGCCCAGCUUUUUACUCUAUGGACUGUUUUUUAGCUAAUCGGUGGUGAUUUUUUUCAGGGUGGCUUGCACUCCUCACUUUUUCAUACCUGUUUCGGACCUAGGCAUUGACCAUUCCAUGGGCUUUGCUGCCUCACAAGAACCUCAUCCACUGUGCUGGAGGAGAAAGCCAGGUUAUCGGUCUCUGUUCUUUAUUGUACCAUCUUCGUGACAGACGUGGCUACAAAAACCAACUCUUCUCUCUCUGGAGCCAAUGAGUUCACUUCAUCCGUAUGAUUGAAGCCCAGGGUAGUGGAGGCAUCUCCCUAGUGCCUGAUUAGAAGGGUGUUCCUCUGUGAAUCAUGGGCAGGGAGCCAAAUGCACACCAUAAUGGGCAGAGACCUCGGCUGCGAAUGUAGUGUUUUUCUUUCUAACACUUUUUUUUUUUUUUUUCCCAAAAAGCUAUUUCAGUAGCUAUUUAGAGCAAAGAAACUGGAACUUCAAAUAUAUGAUACUGUGAAUUCUCAAGCACAUUCAUGGAACUGUCACCCACCUCCUUAACCUUUUGGCCCCUUCAGAAACAGCCUCCCCUCCCCAACACAGUAGAUCAAACUCCCUGAACAGUAGUCUCAAAACAACAGCUGCUGACCACCCAAGUGGACUGUGCAGCAUUCACCCAGCAAGCACGAUCAGCGAAUGCAUCAGAAAAUCUUGUCUUACCCAAUGGCUUCAGGAGGGAUUAUGGGGAGGCUUAAUGAGGUGUGAGAGGCAGUCUGUUUCUGACCACGCGCUGCUCAUGUGUUGGACAGUGUUGGGAUCGGCCUUGAACUGUCAGAUUCUGCCAAGAAGCCUGAGGUAGCUUCACUGAUCUGGAAGUGUCAGAACACCCGGAUCUGGCCGCUUCUCUCUCCACAAGGGCCUGCCAAAAGGAAUUGCUCUCUAAACCAAGGCCCUCUUGGGCCUGGGACCUUUGUCUCCUUUCCCAGGAUUGUAGCAUGACCUGGGAAUCUGAGCAUGUCUUCCUUCAUAAGGCUUGACUUUUCUUCUUGUUUGAGGCUUGCUGGAUUUGGUUUUGAAGUGUGAGAACUAAUGAUCUCAGGAUUCAUGAUUGCAGUGUUUCCCUAUGCCUGUCUCCAAGGCACCUGCCUAACCUAUCCCAGGGCUGGGGCCUAGACUUGAGCAUUUUCUCUCAUGGUGACUGGUCCUCCCAUUGGCCUGCUUCUUUAGUCCAAAACAUCCUACUGGGCCCUAAUCUGGAACUAGAAAGGAGCAGGGGCUUCCUAGGAUGAAGCCAAGGUGAGCUGCAGGGGGAGGUAAGAAAGGCAGGCAGCAGCUUGUCCAAGCUCCAGAGGGGCAGCUCACUCAGGCCAGCCGCCUCUCUCAGGCUGCCAUUCCGUGGCCUCGCUGCUCUAGAACUUAUAGACCAAGAGGGAUGCCAGUGCAGGCCAUCAGCACCCACUUACUUUGGAGUUGAUCCCAGCAAGGGAAAAAAGUGAGCCUUGGUGAGCUAGGGAGAAGGCAGACCCCCACAUGGUGCUUUAGUCACAAAGGCCAAUUCAGGAUGGAACCAAUGAAGACAGAGCCCCCCAGUCAAGAGAGUGAUGGGAGCAAGGUAUAUAAUACAGCAAAGCCCACAGUCCCCAAGAGGAAGCUGCCCACUCACUCCCAGGAAGAGUGGGGGGAGACUCAGACAGGCAAGCGCAUGUCCUCUGUCAUCUAGGGAAUUGGGCCAGAGCGAGUGGAAGGCUCCCUGUGAGCCCAUCACCAUUAGUAGGGGGAAACAUCCCUGAGCCUCUCUUUCUGUGGAGGUCAGGCCCACGGUGUCAUCUUCACACAGACAGAAUAGGAGCCAAGAGCUGAGAACAUGAGCAAAUGUCCCAUGGGGCCCAGGAAGUUUGGUGUGAGGCUACUCUUUGGGGCAAGGAGGAGGACUGAGGUUCCCUGGCAAGGUGUGAUGUGAUUUUUGGAGCAUGAGUGAUAACGACUUUGAAAGCACCAACAUGAGCUGGACCUCAUCCCACCAUACAUCCUUAGAGCAGGGUCCUCUCAAUGACUGAAGCAAACUAAUCACCAGAGAAAUUAAAGAGCUUGGCCCUUGUUACCCAGCUAGUUAGUAGCGGACCCGUGGCUCACUAGGGGCUCACUCAUAAUACUUGUGCAGCCUUAGUCAAACAUUGAUCUCCCCUGUGGGUCUCUUUGCUUUUUCAAGCAUAGUGGGGAUCUUUGGCCUGCAGUGUUCCCUGUCCCAUAGUUCCUCUCUUCUCUCCUUCCCUUGACAGGAACUUGGUAUUACAUGCAGAGACUAUUUGGAUUUUUCUCUGCCUGUUGUAUUUUAAAUCUGAAAAGAAACAGAGGCAAAGGAGAUGGUCUCUUUUCCCUCCCCUCUUCUAUGUCUCCCCCACCCCCAGGGAAAAUAUGGAAAAAGAUGGCAGCCCUCCCAGAUUUGGGAGCGUAGCAGGAACUGACCAAAGCAACUCAAGACACACGCAGACAACUUUCUCUACAGUUUUAUUCUCUUCCACCCCAAGAUGAGACUGCAGGGAAUGGCUCUUUCACAGCUCCAGCUAUCAUCCCUAGAUGCAGGCUAUCCAGAGCUUCUGUUUACAGCAUUAUCAGGCCCACUCAGUAUCCAGUUGGGGGAGCAGGAAAGGAGAGACUUGGGGAAUCCGAGCCCCCACUCCAGCACUAACUGGUUUCCUCUGUCCAGAUCCUGUUCCACCCAUUUGGUCCCCAGUCUAGGUUUCCUUUCUACAAAUCCGUUUCAAAUGUAUUAUUUUAGUUGCAAAGGAAAAAAAAAAUGAAGGUUUGUAAAUUAAAAAACAAAAACAAAAAAACCCCUCACAAUUAUGUAUUGUAUUGAAUAGCUGUUUCCAUUUCUUGAUGAACUAGGAACUAUGGCAGCAGAAUCAAACUGGAAAAUCCUUAGAUUAAAUUAAGUGAUGAUCAGAUCUGCUAUUUGGGACUUUGGUAGUGAGAGGAAGGAUAGGUUGUGAUAGUAUUUAGAUAUACUGGGUCGGUCUUGCUGCUUGUAUGACUUUUUCAAUAAAUUUCAAACAAAGA